AUGAUCCAGAAUUCUGAGUGUAUUAACGAAACUGAUAUGAGUGCUAACGUGUAUAGACUUAUUGCGAACGAGGAAAAACCACCUGAUAUUAAAUAUGAUAAAGAAAAUUCGUGGAUCGCGGCUGUGCAAAUGUUUGUGUCGUUUUUACUUGCUGGAUUUGGAAUGGUGGCGGCUAGUCUGCUUCUAGAUGUAGUGCAACACUGGGAUGUAUUUCAGAAGAUACCAGGGGUGUACAUCCUUGUGCCGGCCUUGCUUGGUCUUAAAGGGAAUUUGGAAAUGACUCUAGCAUCGCGAAUGUCGACGCACGCUAACAUGGGCCACUUAGAUGCCUGUUUAAAUCAACUGAUUGUAGGAAACCUAUGUCUAAUUCAGUGUCAAGCAGUUCUUGUUGGAUUUCUUGCUGCUAUGGCUGCAGUGGCAAUGGGCUGGAUACCACAAGGUUUAUUUGAUAUUCAUCAGGCUAUGCUUCUCUGUGCCUCAAGUGUCCUUACAGCAUCAUUUGCAAGUUUUGUGCUGGGACUUAUAAUGAUUGGUGUUAUUGUCAUAUCCAAAAAGAUGAAUAUAAACCCAGAUAAUGUAGCAACACCUAUAGCCGCCAGUUUGGGUGAUUUAACAACCUUGGCAUUAUUAUCUUGGAUUUCGUCAAUGUUAUAUAGAUCACUUGGCACAAGUUUGUUAUUGCCAUCUAUAAUUAUCAUUAUUGGGGCAAUUCUGGUUCCUGUUUGUGGCUACAUUGCUUCUCAAAAUAAAUUUACAACACAGGCAUUAGAUGAAGGUUGGGUGCCUGUUGUCUCUGGGAUGGUUAUAAGCAGCACUGGAGGUUUAAUAUUAGGAUACACUGUGUCUAGUUAUGAAGGUGUUGCAGUGUUUCAGCUUGUUAUAAAUGGUAUAGGUGGUAAUAUGGCUGCUGUGCAUGCCUCUAGAUUAUCUACUUUGUUACAUACAGGACAGAAAGAGAAAUAUGUCAUAAGCAAUACAACAAAGUUACUCAUGUUGAUGGUUGUGCCUGGCCAGCUCAUAUUUGUUUAUACAAUAGCUUAUCUCAAAGCUGGUCACACUUCUGUGACACCUAUAUUUAUCUUAAUUUAUAUGUGUGCAGCUCUUUUACAAGUAUUUCUUUUGUUAAUAAUAAGCCAUUAUUUAGUUGUUUGGAUGUGGAAGUUAGGGUUAGACCCAGAUAACUCUGCAAUCCCAUAUUUAACUGCCCUUGGUGAUUUACUGGGCACAGCCUUACUUGGAGUAGCAUUUUACAUAUUAUUUGCCAUAGGAGACCAGGAUAGUGAUUUGGGUGACUGA